AUGUUGAUGGCUCUUGGACAGCAGGUCACACAGAUGGAGGUGUGGGAAUCAUGGUGCGUGAUUCUAACGGUAAUUUUGUUGCGGGAAGAGCGCUGUAUGUGGACAAUGUCUUCUCAGCUUUACAGGUUGAAGCAAUGGCAGCUCGUGAAGGAGGAAUUUUGGCGGUGGAAGGGGAUUUUACUAAUGUCCCCUAUAGGCCCAGUGGUGGAAGAUACUAAGACGCUACUAACUCAUAUUACUAGGGAUGGUUUUACCCAUAUCCGCCGUGUUGCAAAUGGAGCGGCUCAUCGUCUGGCGUGGUAUGCUUCCCACAUUGGAACUACUACUACUUGGUUUGAAGAACCGCCAGAUCUUCCAAUAUUGUCAUUCUCUUAA